AUGCAAAUUUUCGUAAAAACGGUCACGUGCAAGACUAUUAUAUUCGAAGUGGAGUCGAGUGAUAGUAUAGAAAGUGUCAAAGCCAAGAUUCAUGACAAAGAAUGUAUUGCACCUGAUCAGCAACGUCUUAUUUUUGCUGGUAAGCAGCUUGAAAAUGGCCAAACAUUGGCCGAUUAUAACGUUCACAAAGACAGUACACUUCAUCUUGUUCUUCGUCUCCGUGGUGGUAUGCAAAUUUUUAUCAAGACAAUGACUGGUAAACUAAUUACAAUCGAAGUCGAAUCUUCAGAUACAAUUGAAAAUGUGAAAACCAAAAUUCAAGAUCGAGAAGGUAUGCCGCUUGAUCAACAACGUCUUAUUUUUAAUGGAAAACAGCUAGAAAACGGACGUACUCUAAUAGAUUAUAACAUUCAGAAUAAAUCAACUCUUCAUCUUGUUCAUCGUUUGCGAGGUGGACGUUCAAGAUUGGGAUUUACUGUAGGUGGUGCAAAAGAUAUAAAUAAUUUUCGUAUGAAUAUUCAAAAUAAUUAUUUACCUGUUAUAACUGAUGUAUCCUAUGAAGGUCUGUUUAAUGAUUAUUUUUUUGCUACUGGUGACCAACAAGAAGAUACUGAUAGAAAACAAUUAUUUUGUCCAUCCUAUUCAAUAGCUGUUACAAAAAAUCCUCUAAAAAUAAUAAAUGAACAGGAACUGCAUGAAUAUUAUAUGACUGUUGGAUUGAAUUCAAAUCUGAAUGAAGAAACAUACAAACGAAAUUGUAUGAAUCUAGCUAUCUGUAUCGACAUAAGUGGAUCGAUGUCAUCACCAUUCGAUCGCUACUAUUACGGUUGUCGUCGUUCCAAUGUUACCACCGACGAAAUAACUGAAUAUGACUCUCGUUCAAAAAUGGAUAUAACUAUUGAAGUCAUAUCAAAAGUAGUUGAUCAUUUAAAACCAAAUGAUCGUAUAUCCAUAAUUACAUUUAACUCUGAAGCACGUGUCAUUCAACCGAUGAAGAAAUUAAGCGCACUCAAUAUCGAACAACUGAAGCAUUAUUUGUCAAUAAUUCAUGCCGAUGGUGGUACAAAUAUGAGUGCUGGUAUUGACUGUAGUGCAUUGGUAUUUGAGAAUGUUCUACCAGAGGCUAACGAUGACUAUGAUAAUCGAAUCUUAUUUCUGACUGAUGCACAGCCGAAUCAAGGUAGCUUGGAUGGAAUGAGCUUUCAUUCACGUAUUGAAAGUCUAGCAAAACAACGUAUUUAUACAACAUUCGUUGGUGUCGGUGUUGAUCUCAAUACUCAAUUAAUUUCUUUGAUAACAAAACACCGUGGAGCGAAUUAUUUUUCUGUUCAUGAUUCAAAACAAUUUCUUAAAUUAUUAGACAAAAAUUUUGAUUUGAUUAUGACACCAUUAGUAUUCAAUGCUGAAAUGAAAUUUCAAUCGGAUCUAUUUGAUAUUGAACAUGUUUAUGGUUCACCUGAAUGUGAUCAAUUAAAGCAAGGUGAAUGCAUUAAAAUUAACACAUUAUUUCCAUCUCGAACAGACAGCAAUGAACAAACACGUGGUGGUGUUGUUCUAUUAAAAUUAAAAACAAAGCAACCAAUAACAAAUACUUUGAAUACGGCAGGACGAUUUUCAGUAACGUAUGAGGAUCGUCUUGGUACGAGAUAUGAAGAAAAGCAAUCGAUUGAUAUUAAUAUCAAAAAUGAGAUUAAUUAUGCAAAUUCUGGCAUACGUAAAGCUAUUCUUCUAAUGAACUAUGUUACAUUAUUAAAACAUUGGAUAAAUCAUGAUCGAGAACACAAGUACAAUGAAAAAAAAACAUUUUUGAAUCUAAAAGAAACGAAUAUUGACCAGUUGAGUCCUUGGGAACGAAAAUCAACUGGGUUAAUUGUAUCAAAGCAAUAUCAAGAACAAUUAGAUGCAUUCUUAAUCUAUUUCAAAUCUGAAAUGGAAUAUAUUCAAGAUAAAGAUUUGGAACAAGAAGUCAAAUUAUUAACGAAAUUAAUUGAGUAUGAAAAUUAA